CUGAUGUGAGAGAGCUGGCUGGGGGUGGGGGAUAUGAGUAGUCGACUCAGUGCUGCAAGAGAGAAACUACUUCCAGGAAAGUGCCGUUGCCAUCGCAGCGAAGGGGAAGAUUCGAUCAGCGCCUGCGCGGUGCUGAGGAAGCCGCAUGCAGUAAAGUAAUUACAAACAGUAGCCGAGGUAGCUAAAAGUCUUCGUGAAUUGCCUUAAUUUCAAUAGAAGAUGUGUAUUAUCUCUGCAAACCUUAAGCCGACAUCUUAAGGCACCGAAAAAUAAACAUCACGAAGUGAGAACGAGGGGAGAAACAUAACCACGUAGGUUAGGCUAUUUAUUAAGUGCAAAGCUACCAGCCCUGUAGGUAACGUCCUGAUGUCGUUGAGUCGCUAAAACUCCUUGAGCUACAUAAGGCCUCACAGCAACAUGCCAUUUGACAAGACUCGCUGGGAAACCUACAAGUACAUUCUGCUUGAGCUGGUGAUUAUGGCGGGGACAGUCAUGCUGGCAUAUUACUUCGAGUACACCGACACGUUCAACGUGCACGUCCAAGGAUUUUUCUGCUAUGACAGUGCCUACACGAAGCCUUACCUCGGACCCGAGGAGUCGAGCGCUAUUCCGCCAGUCCUCCUCUACGCGGUGGUGGCAGGUGUCCCGACUCUUGUGAUAACGGUCACAGAGACAGUGAUGUUCCUGGUGCAGUACACGUCUAAAGAGCUGGACAGCCGGGAGAAGAACAUUGUGACGGGAGACUGCUGUUACCUCAACCCUCUGGUCCGCAGGACUUUCCGCUUUUUGGGUGUGUAUGCCUUUGGCCUGUUCACCACGGACAUCUUUGUGAACGCGGGUCAGGUGGUGACGGGUAACCUGGCGCCUCACUUCCUGACGGUGUGCAAGCCCAACUACACCGCGCUGGGCUGCCAGCAGGCGCUGCGCUACAUCAGCCACCAGGAGGCGUGCACGGGCAACGAGGAGGACAUCCUGCGCGCCCGCAAAACCUUCCCCUCCAAAGAUGCUGCGCUCAGUGUCUACGGCGCCCUUUACCUCGCAAUGUACAUCACACACACAGUGAAAGCCAAAGGCACCAGGUUGGCCAAGCCGGUCAUGUCCCUGGGUCUGAUGUGCCUGGCCUUCCUGACGGGCAUCAACAGAGUGGCAGAGUACCGCAACCACUGGUCGGACGUCAUCGCAGGAUUCAUCAUCGGUGUGGCCAUUGCCACCUUUCUGGUGGUGUGUGUGGUGCACAACUUCCAGGGCAAGCUGCUGCUGAGCGAGGAGCCUGAGCAGGACCCCAUGGGCAGCGCUCCCAUGAUGAGCAUGCCGCGCGUGGAGAGCCCCAUGGAGAAGUACAUCUCCUCCCAGUUUCCAAUGUGGCCUGCUGACAGGGAGGGGUUAUAUGGCAGUUGAGCAAGACUAUCAAGAAUCACAUCGCCUUCACGGAAGUCACAUGACCUUGAGGGGGCCGUGUGGCAGACCCAUUGGAGCUCCACGCUCUUCACCGUCCAGUCCUCAUAGUCCUGGGGCAGCGUUGGCUUUCCCACACCUCUCUCUCUCUCUCUCUCUAACUAUCCCUCUCUCCAUCCUACAGAUGAUGUGCGUGUGUAAUCCCUAGUCGUGUGCUUGUUCACAGACUGUGUUACUGAAGAUAACGAAAAACAAACAACUAAAAAAAGAAAAAAAGAAAUAAAGAAAAAAAAAAAUGUGGCCGACCAGAUCAAGUCAGCCUCUACGCUCCCCACACGUGCAAUGGUAUGAUUUGUGUUAUUGUGGACUCUAAUCAGAGAGGCUUAAAGCUUGGUCGUCUUUUAUGUUGAAUGAUGUUUUGGUCCACCCUGCAAUAGGGCUUCGUGUCUAUGUAGUGGGUCACCAUAUCGUUCAAGAAGAAAGAGUGAAUGGGACUCGUCCAUUCCUGCAAAUCAGUUUCGUUCUUGCAUAUCUGCCACAUUCUCACGGCAUCAUCAGUGUUGUGAGAUAUUUCUGUUUUCAUGUUAGACGUCAGAGUGCAUUUCAAUUUGAAAUGGAUACAAAAAAUAUAGUAUAUUGCAAUGCAAACGCUUUUAAAGCUAACAGAUGUGAAUCUGAUGAAAAACAAUCCUCCCCUGAAAUGGACCGUGUGUGUGGUGUGACAAGCAGGCACACCGAGCCUGUUGUGUGUGUGUGUGUGUGUGUGUGUGUGUUGUGAUAUUGAUGUGUGCUGGGCCACUGGAUCCUGCUCUGGCUGAUCAGGCCAAGACACAAAACACAGUAAAUAGCCGCACACAGAAAAAGUCUUUAAGCCAGCCAAUCAGAGCAGAGACCACAGUCCCCCUGUCCUCGCCACCUGCGUCCCACUGAGGUGUGUGUGUCCGUCUCUCUGAGGCGUGUGUGUCCGUCCCACUGAGGUGUGUGUCCGUCUCGCAAAAGAAAGAACCAGGAAGGACGGAAAAGACAAUCACCAGCUCUCCCCCCUCUUUCUUAUUUGCCCCUCUUUCUCUCAUUCUCUCUCUCUCUCCCAGAGGAAUAUUGGGUAUUUCCUCUCAAUGUGUAUUUGUGCAGGGUCAGUGUGUGUCAGUGAUAUAAGGCAUCAAGGCCAGGUCUGAAAAGUCCACCCCACAUUAGGCUAAGACCAGCAUGACCAAAAAAAAACAUGUGUUUGAUUUGUGUUUUAAUGUCAUUUCGGUGACUCACAGGCCAAAAUUGAGAUUCACUCCUUGUUGAAGGUCACACACCUUGUCUAUAACAAUUUUUUUGUUUUUAUUUGAACUUGACUGAACUUGGUUAGUUAAAGUUAAAAGGCUGUUGUCAAACAUGUAGAUUGAGAUUAAACCGGGCGUUGACAUGUUUUACACGUUCUCCCUUUCUGUGGUAUCAAACAGAUAUACCUCGGGUAAUAGGAAGGAAAAAUAAAAUAAAAAUGAAAAUAAUCUAUUUCAAAUAAUCAAAGAAGAAUUAGUGCACCACAAUUUGUCAUUGUAGAUGGCCUUGUGCAGAUACGUACUGUGGUUGCAAAUUCAUAUGAAGUGGUUCAUCAGCUUUGUAUAUAGGCCUCCCAGUCCUAAAUCUCAAAGAAAAAUGGGUGCAUUUGCUGUUGUACAAAGUACAUAUAUUGAAAUCAUAGAUGUGGUCAGUUCUCUUAAAGAGCAAUAAAAUCGUAAGCAUUCUCCUUUGCAAAACAAACAAAAAGAAAAAAAGUUAAGAAAAAGCAAAGUGAAGAAAAAGCAUCCUGUGAUCCCCCCCUGCUCCUAUUCUCUUGGUCCCUAAAUGGUAUAUUUUUGUAGUUUUCCGCCGAGUGCACUUCACACUAAGGUCAUUAUAACACUCUAUCCUCAUGGGCAGCAGCACUUUAGAUCCAGCUACUGUACCGACAGCAAACAAAACAAACAACCAUCCGUAACUCUGCUGCUUCAAGAAGUGCUUAUCAGCAAGAUUCCGAUUUGUCACGAAUUUGCAUCACGUGUAUUGCAGCUCCUACAGUACUUGUAACAGUAUUAUAUUCAAAUAACUAAAAUGUGUAUAGUGUAUGGAUUGGACAUAUUAAUAUUAUUCUCUUGUUUUUAUUUUUCGAUCUUACUGUUCAUUCACUACAGUGGUGCAUCGUUAGUGUAUCUGUAUGUGUGUGUGUGUGUGUGUGUGUGUUUUCCCAGGCGUGUGUGAGUGUGUGUGCGCUCGGGUGUGUGUAAGUGUGUGUGUGCCCGGUCGUGUGUGAGUUAGUGUUGCCAUGAGUGUCACAGUGUAUCACCAUUGUAUAUUUUUCUGUGUCAUGGAUUGCAUUGUGGUACUGUUCAGCACUUACUAUUAUUUAUUUUUAAAUUGGUUCCACGGUCGUAUUUACAUUAAACCUCUGUAUUUAUCAGCAAAUUCUUCAUACUUGAUUUUAUUACAAAUUGUACAGACAUUUUGGGUUGUGAUAUUAAAUACUCUAGCCUUCUGAUCUUGGUUUUCUAAUCUAUGAAUUCUACUUCUGUUUCUUGAUUUCCAGCUGUGAUGAUUGCUGUAGCUCUUCUAACGAUGAUAUACUUGUAUAUCUAUAUUUUUUGUAUGGGUAUUGGUUGUCUGGUUUCUCCCCGUCUUCAUGUGGUUGCGUUUACUCUUUUUUUUUUUAAGAAACAAAAAAUAAGUAAAAACUUCAGUCAUCUCCCCAUGACCUUUUACACUGUAGAGGAAACUCAGUUUUCAGUCUUUGAAUAAAAAAUAAAGCCAGA